AUGAAAACCCCCCUUCACCUCCUCGUUUUCUUCCUAAUCGCUGCCGGAACACACAAAUUCUACAGAUUUUCCGACGCGGUCCAGCGCCGUGUCCACAUACCGGACGAGCUGGACGACGUCGUCGACGACGAGGAGGGCGAGGACUGGAAAGAAUGGGGCAAGCCCAAGGCGCAGCCUGAUUUCGACCCGCCGCCGACGGACUUCUCCAAAAUGGGGCUCCAACAGAUGCAGGAAGAGAUGAUGAAGCGUCAGGUGGGGCCUGUUUUCGGGUUCGUCAAGCUCCGACCCGGAAAUCCUCGAACUCCGGACAUGGUAUCAGAAAUCGCCAUGAAAUGGACGAAAGUUGCAAGAACAGGAGCAAUUGAGUCGAGGUUCACGGGCGUUGAUGUCAGCACAAUCAUGUUCACCAUGCAAAAGGGUCAUGACACAUUGGAGUUGAAAGAAUUCAUCUUGAGUCGACCGGAGGCUUAUGAGAUCAAAAUAGGCGAUCAACUGUUCAGAAGGCCCGGGGAUCCUUCGUUUGAAGAAGUUUUUCAAAAGCUCCAAGCAGAGAGAGCUAAUUCCAGAAAAGUUGAAAUUCAUAACGAGCUUUAG